AUGGGGACCUGUCGAAUCAGUGGUGCGUUGGGUUGCUUGCUGAUACUGGCUACCUGCUGCACAGUUACACAAGCCGCUCACAGCACUGGACAUGGUUACGAGACGAAAAGCUUCGCCCAGGCCUACCUCGAGUGCCUCAAAUAUCUGAACAUCUCACGCCAGCCAAUGCUCGCGUAUGACACCACCUCCGUACCUUCCAACUCCGGCGGGAACUGCUUGUUGCGCUGCAUCGGUCUGAACACUCGCUGGUGGAACGAUGAGACGGGACUGAACGAGAAGGCACUGGUACGCUUCUUCCGUCAAACGGACCCGAGCUCACUAGACCAAGCGCGCACCUGCGUUGCGAAGGAUUCGGACACCUCUGAUACCUGUGCUGCCGCCUAUCGCUCGUUCCGGUGCUACAGUGACGCACUGGGUGAGGUGAUCGCUCAUCCGGAGUAUGUCGCACCGUGCAGGGAAGAGAUACAUCGGGCAGUGAGCGACUGUGCCGCGAUGUUGCAAGUAUCGGACGAGCAACUUACAUCUUGCGUAGGCGCUGAAUCAUUCCAGCACAGUGGGAACACUACCACCUUGCUGAGGUGCGUUGUGCUGCGGCUGGGACUCUACGCCGACUCGACCGGGGUGAUGUGUGAUCGUUUGCAGCUGCUGAUGGACAGUGACACUGCCCAAUCCUGGACGGAGUCGCGCGCCGAAGAGGCUAAACGGUGUGAGAAUGAUUUGCGAGUGUUGGGCGCUGACGUGUGCCUCGUUGCGGCUCACUCUGUGGAGAUCUGUUACGGUUGGAUGGCAUUUGGAGAACUUUGGAAGGUGAUGAAGGAAGAGUACGGCAACUCAGACAAUGCGGUGCUUUACGAUGAUGCUGGAGAGACGCUUGUGGAGGUGAAUGAUGCCACUGAAGAGGCACAGGAGCAACAAAACAAUGAUGUCUAUCCUUUCCCAAAAGAUGUGGAGGUAUUUAGCUAUCCAUCAAGUUCGCGUUAUCGAUCACUGUUGAUAGUAGCUCCAAAGUGGAUUGCUAGUGACUCAAAGUCUGAUGAAGACCGAUCAGAUAGUUCACAGGAAGAAAAGACCGCUAGUGAGGAUAAACUAGAAACACACAACCUUUUAGAGAGUGAUGCCGAGAAACCGACAAAUCCGGACAAUGCUGUGCAGCAACAAACCGUUCCGGAGCCUGAAGAAAUGAAGCAACCAGCAACGGAACACAUUGUUCACACCAGAUCGGUAAUGUAUCCAAUGGCACCCGAGCUAUUUCCGUAUUGUAGACAAGUGAUGCCUCCUUACGCACUACGGAUGCGACGUUCCAUGCCUCUACCACAUUACUAUCCGCAUUCCAUGCCAGCGAUGGACACUCACUAUUACCAUCCUAUCAUGAAGCGAUCCAUCGCCACGUAUCCGAUGUAUGCUCCUGCAUAUAGACCUUUCGUUCCAGCACGUUUUGUAAGGGACGUCGACUCAACUGUUUCCCAAGAAGCAUUGGGCGAUGCUCCAGCUGCUGAGCUCAGUGAACCUACUGUAUCUCAAGGGCUAAAUGAGUUUGUUUCUGAAUUGGCUGAUGACGAUUCCACUGUCACUAGACACGAGGAACGGAGUGUGGAAGCUUCAAGUGAUCGUGAGGAUUCACCUACGGUUGAUGAAGGUCCUGUAAAUGAGGAACUUGUCGUACCAGCUCUAAAUGAGGAGUCGUCUCCUACGGUUAAUGAAGGUCCUGUAUAUGAGGAACUUGUCGUACCAGCUCUAAACGAGGAGUCGUCUGAAGCUGCCACUGAAGAGGCUCUAAACGUUGGAGGUGAGGCGUAUGAAGAAACGGAACCAGUUUCCCUUUCAAAUGUUGUUGUUGAUGCUAGCAACGGUGAAACAGUAGUUGAUGACGACUCUGACAAAACUGGGAACUCGGAAGAUACUUCGGACGACAGUGAGAUGCCUCUUGCCGAAGUGGGUUGUCCUGCAGAAACAGAUGCUGCUGCUGAAAAUCCAGAGAGUUCAUCCACAACCACGGAUAACUCUGUGCCAAUUCCGACAACUACUGAUCAACCGAAACAACCGAUACAUCCACAAAACGUACAUCGACUUAUCCGGGCAGUUCACGCUUCCAACUUGAUUAAAAACAUACUAUCCACGAUAAAAACACAUUGA